AUGGGUAUUCCUUCAGAAGUUAGGGACGCUUGGGUCUCCAACAGAAAACCUUUCCUUAUUCCUUCUCCCGAUGAAGAGAGGAAGAUCUUAAGAACUAAGAAAUGUACCGAUGAAGGCGUGCGUGCUGGAUUCAAGGCGGCUGUCAUUGCAGCAAUUGCCAGUUCCGUGCCUACUUUAACUGCUGUUCGCAUGAUUCCAUGGGCAAAAGCAAAUCUCAAUUACACCGCGCAGGCACUUAUCAUAUCUGCCGCAUCCAUUGCAGGAUACUUCAUCACCGCCGAUAAAACUAUCUUGGAAUGUGCAAGAAGAAAUGCGCAGCUUGAAUAUUCUCUUAGCCACAAUCGCGACAAAGAUUCAUCUUAG